AUGGCCCGCUCCAUAUUGGAACAAGCCGUAGUUCGUCGUCUUAUCCCCAAUGACGCUAAAGUAUGGCGCGUACAGCGUCUCGCGCAACAUGUCGGCCGGUUUUCCGCCCAUGGUGAUCACCAUGCCCUUUUGGCAGACAUGGUGAUUGUCGAGUGUAAAGGAGUGCGAAUGGCCGACCAGGUUUCCACGGUAAACGACCGCCUGCCCAAAAUCUUCACAUCGGUCCUUGAGAGACAGCUAAAAUGCGCGGACGCUGCGGGAGGUGAAGUUUGCGAAACCGAUCCAUACAAUUCUUUGUGUCACAGCCUAGGCCUUAUUCGGAAAUUAGGCCACACUGUGUUAAAGAAUGUAACGACCUUGACUCUGCGAUGCAACAUGGUGAUUCGAGGUUCCAUUGACGAUGUCUCUGUGGUGGGGAGCCAGGCAGUCACUUGCACAUACAACGAUCCGCCGGACCCGUCGCCAUCCCAAGUCGAAAGUACUGGCCACCCCGACCCGGAAUGGAGCCUUGCCCGAACGUCGGCUGCAUCCCACCCGAACGCCACGGCGCCUUCUAGCAGACAUGUCAAGUCCGCGCCAAUCAGAGAUCCUACUCUACAGGCUAGUCAGAACCAAGGCUCCUGGGGACUCCUUAGUGACCAGGCAGCGACACAGAUGUUCUCUCACGAGAGGCCAGCCAUCAGGUCCGAUACACUAGCGCUUUUGGAGCCUGAACAGCCUCAGAAAAAAGAAAAUGUGAUCUUCCGAGGUAAAAAUUUCAAGACCCAAUACUAUGGAGGGAGCAAUCCCGCAACCUUGAUCGGUGAUUUCCCCGAGCUCCGUUCAUUCAUGCGAGAUGGUAUCAAGCAAUAUCCAUCUCUCCCACGGGUUCAACGCGAACUCAAAUCACUGCAAAUGAAGUGGAAAGUGGAAAAAGCCUCUGCAUUUGUAUCCGUCAAUAUGGAAUUCCUCCACGUCUUCCCAAAGCAAGAGAUCGCAGACCAAUUGAUCCAUAUCUACUUCGAUAUAGUGGAGACCACAUACCGGAUUGUGCAUAUCCCCAGCUUCUGGGAGGAAUACAAAAGCUUUCGGGAGGACAAUUACUCAGCAAGACCGGCGUUCUUAGUUCUCAUGUUGUUGAUGAUGUCCACUGCAAGUUGUCUCUCAGAAGAGAACGUCACAUACGUUGGCGACAGUGCCGUGGCGCGCGAACGUGCGGCAAUAUGGAUUGAAAUCUCCGAACGGUGGCUUAGGAUUCAAAGCCAAAAGAGAAUCUAUCUUACCAUAUGGCAAAUUCAAUGUCUGUUGGUUCUUUCGAAACAGGUCAACGUGAUAAAGAAGAAACGCAUAUGGACGGAGGCCGGCAUACUCCACAGACAGGCCAUGGCUGCGGGAUUCCACCGAGAUCCAGCGUUGUUCGGAGAGAAAGAAUUGGCUUUCGAUCAGGAAAUGAGACGCCGGCUGUGGGCGACCAUUACUGAGUUGGAACUCCAGGCUUCCAUUGACCGGGGAAUGCCCUCUGCUUCUGCCAGCAUAUUCUCCGACUGUGCAUCCGUUCUCAACAUCGACGACGCGGAUCUUACAGAUGAAGGCGAUAAUGAGUCUGGAGCAAAGGACUGGAAUGAGUUCUCAACAAGUUCAUUCCUUCAUGUUUCGAGAUCCAGUUUUGCCCUCAGAGUCACCUUGAACUCUGUUGUGAACGAUCUCGCCUCCCCUUUACAAUGGGAACAGAUCGUAAGUCAUGAGGAAAUGGUGUCGAACGAACUUCAGAAGCUUCCUACGUGGAUACAAUCAGGAACACAUAAUUACGCGGAAGUCUUGCCUGCAGCGCUUGCUCAGAUCCAGCUGCAGCAAUUUUUGAUCCUAUUACAUACGCCAUUCGCGAAGAAGAGAAACUCCGACUCUCGAUGUUCCGUAUCGCGCAUGAUUUGCUUCCAAGCGGCGACCAAAAUCUUGGAGCAAGUCCAACAACUAUCUCGGCACAAUUACUUGUUCGUUAUUCUCUUUCGACAUGAGUAUUUCCGAGCAGCCCUGGUGGUGUGUCAUAAUGCAUUUGUCUCUUAUAAUGUACCAGGCGAUCUCUUCGGCGCAAACAUCACAUCGUUCAUCCGCUACCUUGAGGAUGCUCUGACCCUUUUUGAGGACAGAAUCACUCGACUCGGCACAGAUUUCACGCGGCACUGGUACAUUUCCGCAGCCCGUUCCUUGCUACGCUCAGUAGUCGACCCAUCCGAUGCAACGACACAGGAGCAGCAGGCGAUUGAGCAUGUCGCAAGGCAGUACUAUCGGGUUCGCGCAUCACAAGAAGACAUGCACUCUGCAAAGGAAAAGCUCAAUUUGACAGAAUCCCCGGCUCAGAAUUCAAGUAAUAUGGCAACCAUUCCUGAUCUCCCAUUUCAUAAUGGAACAAUGGCGCCGAUUGACUUCCCUUUGGAGGCUUUGGAAGAAGAGUUCUUCUUUGGGGAUCCGGCGGCAUGGACAUUUGAUAAUUUUGAAGUGAUGUAA